AUGGUCAACUGGGGGAAACUCUUCUCGUAUGCCGACCGUGACCGCAGACACUUUCACGAUGAGCUGCAAGCCCUCCUGCCGUCUCACCGUGAGACAGCCAUUCCCUCCGCCAUCCCCGCAAGGGAAGUCACCCACGUAGCUCUCCGACUCAAGUACCAGAUCGAACAGGUCGUCCCUUGCGAGCUGCCCGAAGAGCGUAUCACGCAGCCUCACAGCGAUGUCAUCACGCCACAGGUCAUGGCGACCGCAAAAGCUGCUGGCAAGGUUUCUGGAGUAGACAAGGACCACAGCUCCUGUGUCGUCUACUGCCUGCUGGUCUGCAAAACUUGGUUCGAGUCGCAGGCGAAGCUCGAGCUAUGGGACUCGGCUUUGCAUGAACUCCGCGCAGUGGCGUGUGAGCGACUGGCCAAGUUCAUCAUUGAAGAGGAAGAGGACAUGCCAUACCUCAUGCAGGAAGUGCUGCUCAAGCGCUACAGCAUCCUGGUCGGCGGGGAAGAGACGAAGCCGUCCAAUGCGAUCGAGAAAGCCGUGGACAUCCAUGCUGUCGUUGUCAUUGGCAGCAGCGGAUACCAGAAGUGCAUCAACCACCUGUGGCGAGGCUGGCUCAUCCAAGAUGAAGACGACCCAUCCCGCUUCAUCGACUACAAGGACAAGACCUCGACACGCUAUCUGGACCACUUCGAUCCCGACCGGAUGCGAGUGCCGCAAUACCAGAAUGUCCUCCAGAUCGUCGUCUCCCUCAUCUUCCUCGGUCUCUACACUGGUGCUAUCAACACGAUUAACCCUGGUGUGGAGCUUGACCCAGUCGAAGGCCUGCUGUACAUCUUCACCCUCGGCUUCAUCUGCGACGAGUUCGGCAAGUUCUAUAAGAUAGGGCGGUACUACCUUGGUUUCUGGAACAUCUUCAACAGCACCCUCUACACUCUCCUGGCCAUCUCUUUCGUCACGCGAUGCGUCGCUCUGAGCCACGAAUACGAGAGCGAGAAACGGAUAUUCCUCAACAAACUUUCCUACGACUGGCUCGCCUUCUCCGCCCCGAUGUUCUGGAUGCGCAUGCUGCUCUACCUCGACACCUUCCGCUUCUUCGGCGCCAUGCUGGUCGUGCUCAAAGUCAUGAUGAAGGAAUCCCUCAUCUUCUUCGCCCUCCUCAUCGUCGUGCUCAUCGGCUUCCUACAAGGGUUCAUCGGCAUGGAUCAAACGGAUCAGCAACUCACCGCCGUGAACUGGAUCAUACAGCAGAUGCUCAACGCCAUAAUGGGCGACCCGAGCUUCGACGUCUGGGACACCUUUGAGCCGCCGUUCGGGCUGAUCCUCUACUACAUCUACAACUUCAUCAUCAUCGUCAUCCUGCUGAACGUGCUCAUUGCGCUUUACAACAGCGCCUACGAAGAUAUCACCUCCAAUGCGAUUGACGAGUAUCUGGCGCUUUUCAGCCAAAAGACGAUACAGUUUGUCCGCGCCCCGGAUGAGAACGUCUUCAUCGCCCCUUUCAACCUGAUCGAGCUCCUUUGCCUAUCUCUACCAUUCGAGUGGUGGAUGUCGGAGGCGUAUUACGAGCGUCUCAACGACAUCGUGAUGGGCAUCAUCUACAGCCCCUUGCUCGUCAUUACAGCUUACCUGGAAGUGCGCACCGCACACAAGGUCAAGUUCAAUCGCAACCGCAACGAGACGGAUGACGACACGAUCGAGGAGUGGGAGGAAUUGGCGGAUGAGAUGGACCAUGAGGGCUCAGGGUGGCACAAGAAGGUCGAGGAAACGAAGCCGAAUGUUGUGGUUGAUGGCAAUAUGUUGGAGCUGCAGGCGCUGCGGAAGGAGAUGAAGCAGUUGAUGGAGAUGGUGGAGAGGAUGCAGAAGGGGGCGAUUACGGAUGGCACGUCUUAG